AUGCCAGACACGUUACCGGCUACGUUGUUCGUCAAGCAGUUCUACAUAAAGCUAGUGUUCCUUGCCUGUACAGCAGCUCGAGCCGCCAUCGUUUCCUCAGUCUGGCUUCUUGUAUUGCCAUAUUUAACAGUAUGGACCUGGCGAUUCUAUCUGUGGAGUGGAGAAAAUCUGGCACAUCGAUUAAGUCGUUUUCAGAGUAUCAGCAUCAUUAAUGCUACUAACACCGCCACAACUACAAUCACGGCAACGGCAACAGCAACAGCAAAAGCAGCAUUCUCAUCCUCAUCAACAACAUCAUCAACAGUAGCAUCAUUAAUAUCAUCAUCAGCAUCAUCAUCAUCAUCGCCAUCUUCUUCAUCCUUGUCACCGAUCACUUCCGACGCAUCAUCAGCAACAAUCACAGCAGCAGCACAAGACUUAUUCCACGACGCACAUCAAUCUAUCACCACCGUGUUUCCUCACUCUGCAAAUAUCGAAAAGUUGCUAGAAAGCUUCAACUCAAAAGCAUUUCUGGCAGACUGUUUCGAAGGUCAAGUUAUUACCUGCAUCGUCGUCAUUGCGUUUGUUGCCGCAUUCCUUCUACGCGAGUGGAUUAUACAAAAUAUACCAGCAGAGCUUGAGGACGACGAAGACGAAGACGAGCGAGUUGAAACCAUGGACGAAACAAUUCAACUUGACGAAUUAGAUGAACAGCAAUAUCAUCAGCUACAACAACAACAACAACAACAACAACAACAACAACACGAUGCACCUACCGAUGAAGCGUUGGAUCGACGAAGAGAAGCCAUCUAUGAGCUACAGCAAAACGAGCUAUACCAACAAAAUGACCAUCGUGAUGAUGAUAAUCUCGAUCAACAACAACAAAAUGGCAAUAGUGGAGUGGACGAAGUCAUGGAUGUAGAUGAUCCAUACCCUAAACCAUCAUCAUCGGCAUCCUCCUCCUCUGAUACACGCCGCUCAAUGGAACCAGGUUAUUCCCACUCCUCGGAAGGUGAAACGAGCGAUACCGAAGAAGCUGCUGCCACCCCAAAUGUCGCACGUGGAGAACCCCCUAACGCUCCGAUCAUGCGACAUGUCGAUCACCAUUUUGACAUACGUGCCGCCGGUCAUCGACGUGCUUUGUUGUUUGAGGAACAAGUGAACGAUAAUGAUAUGCUGUUACCUGCUCCAGCUGAUGAUGACCAUCAUCAUCGUCAUCACCAUCACAAUGAACCACCACCACCACAGCAGCAGCAACCAAACAACAAUGUCAUAAACAACAAUAAUGAUCCACCAGCAGCUGAGAACGACGACAACGAUGUAGAUGAAGAUAACUUUGGUGAUGACAUUGAUGGAAUUUUGGAGGCGAUAGGCAUGCAUGGCAAUUAUGUGUCGCUGGCUCAAAAUUCGGCACUAAUGUCACUAUUAAUCAGCCUAUGUCUCGGUGCUGCAGUAUGGAUACCUUAUGUUGUUGGCAUUAUAUUUAUCAUGGCAACACCAUUCGAAGCCGCCAACAGUUUGCUUUGGCUCGUGCGCAAAGUCACGGAUCCUCUCCUGGACACCGUCUUUACGAUAUGCACGAGUUAUUUGUGGCCAUGCGUAUCGAGCUUUAUUCAAAGUCAAGAACGUUCAUUUAACAGACUUGGCCAGCAUGAGGCUACGGCUUACAUUUACGAAGCAAUCGCCAAUGGUGUGACAAAGGCUCAACGCCUGAUCCAACAAGUAUACCCCUUUGAUAGCACUGUCGUCACAACCACAGCAGCCACCAGCUCAUCGACAAUCGCAACCGGGAGCAAUGCUCUUAGUGAUGGUGGAAUUCAAAUAGCAUUGUCCAAAUUGUUCUCAGCAACAGCAGCAAAGAUACCAACCAACUGGAGCGAUACCCAAAUAGCGAUGAAUCAACUGAUUGAUCAACAUAUCAAGCCAGCAGCUCACGAUGCCCUCAUACGAUACCACGGUUUUGCUACUGGCCACUCCGCGUUCGAUCGCUUCGUUUGUAUUAUUAUAGGCUAUGCAGUGAUCAUCACCGGCAGCUCGUGGUACCUGUCUCGAGCCCAUGUAGCCUAUGCAACCUUUGGUCGAUCUGCACGCCAAGUAGUCCAACAACAAGGCAUCAUCCUUAAGGUUGCCAUGUUCAUCGCCAUCGAGCUACUAUUAUUCCCCAUUGUGUGUGGCAUUCUUAUGGAUGUGUCCUCGCUUUCGCUCUUCCGAGACGCCACUGUUGACAGCAGACUCGCCUAUCUUCAAUCCCACCCACUUGCUUCUGUCUUUCUACAUUGGUUCCUGGGCACAUCGUUCAUGUUUUUCUUUGCUAUCCUCGUUACAGUGUGUCGUGAAAUUGUUCGACCGGGUGUCCUUUGGUUUAUUCGCGAUCCGAACGAUCCCCAGUUUCAUCCUAUCAAGGAGAUCGUUGAACGGCCGGUAUUGACCCAGCUGCAAAAGAUUGGCGCCAGUGGAAUCACAUAUGCAUGUGUUAUCGUUGCUGGUGUGGGUGGAUUCGUUUGGUGUCUUGGUUACGCAGGCAAAGGUAUUUUACCCUUGCGUUGGAACAUGCUUCAACCACUCUCAACCUUACCGAUCGACUUUCUGGCAAUCCACAUUCUAAUCCCGGCCUUAGUGAAAUACUUUGAGCCAAAGCGAGCCUUGAAAACUCUAGCUGUCCAAUGGAUGCGGUUCCUUACUCGUACACUACGACUGACAUCCUUCUUGUUCGGAGAACGACACGCGUCCGAAGAAGGUGUCUGGCACUACAAGACAUGGGCUGCAUGGCUGCAUCCACCAGCCAACCUGAACCCACUUGUCGGUGAGUACAGCGAAGCCGCUUUCAUACGUGACGGACAAAUUGUCCUGGCGCCGAAACAUGACGCAGUUCCUUUUGAUCCAACACGUCGGAUGCUGGUCCCCGUCCAUCCCGAAACUUUACAUAUUCUCGAUGCGACCGAGCGACGAUUAGGCCACCCCGCUGCUGCAGGCGGACCGAAUCUAUUACCGAUAAACACUUGCAUCGUUUACGUUCCUCCUCGGUUCAAGCAACGCAUGAUCUUGUUUCUUUUGGCCAUGUGGCUUUCUUGUAGCGUGUUCAUCUGUACACUUACUGUGCUCCCAAUUGCGCUUGGACGUAUUGUGUUUGAGCGAUGGCUGGAAGCGCCUGGCGAAGUACAUGAUUUAUACGCCUAUUCCGUUGGUGCGACAUUGAUGCUUCUCGGGAUCGUGUCGAUAUGCAAAUUGGCAGAUGCAGUACUGGAUUUGACUCGCCAAGCUUCAAGUAGCUUGCUACUCGGACGGAUCUACUAUUAUGUUUCAGGCUCAUUGCGUUGGAUGGGCAAGGUCACCUACCUAGGUGUGGCUCUUGGAAUCAUAGUACCUUUGAUGCUGGGAGCGGUUGUAGAGCUCUACUUUAUCAUGCCUUUGCAAAACUACGGAGCUCAAGCACCGACGGUAGAAGUUGUUGCCCUGUGGACAAGGGGUAUUGCAUGUAUGAGUACAAUGCAUGGAGUGAUACAUUUGGGUCCAGAGAACCCAUGGCGCGAUCAUGUGAAUAUGAUUUUCCAGCCCGACGUUCGAGCGAUUAAUAUACGAGAAAUAACAACGAAAUUCAUCACACCUAUCAUUGCAGCGACACUCCUCAUGACGGUCCUUCCCUUUUCAAUGGCCCUGGCAAACAUCAAACUUUUAGGCGAAGAAGAUCUAGGACGACAAAUCAGAAUGAUUCAAAUCAUGUAUCCUGCCGCACUAGCUGGUGCAGGCGUGUAUUGCUUGUGUCGAGUAGGAGCAAAGUUUGGGCAGACGUGGGUACAAACAGUGCGUGAGGAUAAUUAUCUGGUUGGUCGAACACUGCACAACUUUGAUAAUUAA